ACACCCUACUGAAAGCCAGGAACGUGGCGCUGUGGUCAGGUGACAGGGAGGCCUACAGGAGAUCCAGGGCAGAUCUGAGAAGGGGGAUUACUAAUAUAAAAUGCCAGUUGAACAGCAUUUCAAGGACAGUAACAAUCGCAGAAUGUGGCAGGGGAUCAGAACAGUCCCCCCCUGCUGUGUUUUUACAUAUUGUGUGGUUUUAUCUUUACUGUAUAUUUAUAUUUUAUUUUGGUUUUAUGAUUGCAUGUUUUACCAGUUUUAUAUUAUUGACUGGAUUGUGUCUUUAUAGUGGUGCUACUGGUUUUAAUAUUUGUUAUGGACUGGAUCACAGUGAACUGAUGGGGAACACCCGGGGACUGAUUGUGUGACACACCCUACAGUGCACGAUUGGCGCGGAGGACAAGUACUGAUUUUACUGAUUGCGGACAGGUGAGCAUGGAGAGACAUGGCAUGGAGGCAUGGCAGAGAGCCAGACACAAGUGGAGUAGCAGACGUCAGUUAAGACAGCAGGUUGGAGUUUUACCACACCGGAGAAAAGCUGGCCAGGACGAAAGACCAGAUGGCCGUGGGAGGACGAGCCAGGGAGCCGGAAAAGACUUGGUUCAACGCCAAAGAAAUGUUAAGUAAAGGAAAGCGAACCAGGCAUUACCAUUAUAUGCGUGUGUGACCUGCCACUUUCUUGGUGUCAGCCAUUUAGUGCAGAUACUCUCUGUCUCCCACAGCAGCUGCUCGAGGGAUGGAGCCAGUGCGGAGCUGCAGGGCCAGUGCAAGGAGCCAAUGGAUGCAGGACCCCCCCUUGCCCCUUUUAAACUUAAGUAGCUCAUCCUUUGAACUUGUUUUACUUUGACUGCCCCCUGAGCCUUGGACUCUUACACCUUUUGAUUAUGGACUUUAAACCUCCCUUUUACAUUUUAGUGUGCUAUUUUAGGCAUUUUUAGUCUGGUGUUUUUAAAAGUUUUAAUAAAUUGUUUAAACUGCACACGGCACGUUUGUCGUUCUUAACAGUGGGGGCCCUGCUCAACAUCCAUGGCAGGAAGGCAACUGGUCCGGACAGGGUCCCAGGACGUGCCCUAAAGGCAUGUGCACACCAACUUGCGGCUGUCUUCACCAACAUAUUUAAUAGGUCACUGAAGGAGGCCACAGUUCCCACCUGCUUGAAGGCCGCGACCAUUAUCCCCAUCCUGAAGCGCUCAGCACCUCUGAGACUACCACCUCUGCAGCUGGAUUAAGGACUUCCUCUCCAACAGACCACAGCACGUGAGACUUGGAGAUCUCAUCUCCUCUAGCACCAUCCUCAACAUCAGCCCCCCCCAAGGCUGUGUUCUCAGUCCACUCCUAUACUCACUAUUCACACACGACUGCACUCCCAUCCAUAACACAAACUACACAUACAAGUUCGCAGAUGACACAGCUGUGGUGGGGUUCAUAACCAACAAUGAUGAGACAGCCUACAGAGAGGAGAUCCAGGCCCUCACAUCCUGGUGUCAGAACAAUGACUUGCUUCUCAACGCCAACAAGACAAAGGAGUUUGCACUGACUUCAGGAGACACAAGGACACAACACAUGCCAGUCUGGUGAUCACUGGAGAAGGAAAACUGGGCUUCCACAGAAACUCCUCACCAACUUCUACCACUGCACCAUAGCAAGUGUCCUGAGCUAUGGAUGCACAGUGUGGUUCUCCAGCUGCACCUCAGAGGAGUGGAAGGACUUGCAGUUGAUAAUCAAAACUGCAUUGAGGGUCAUUGGUGCCCCUCUUCCAUCCUUGGAACAAAUCCACUCUGCCCAGCUGAGAAACAGAGCUGAAAAGAUCAGGUCUGACUGCACACACCCCGGACAAAGUCUUUUUUACACACUCCUCUCUGGCAGGCUCAGGGUCAUGAGGGCACAGACAGAAAGACUUAAAAACAGCUUCGUCCCCAAGGCUGUACAAGCUCUGAAAGCCUGAGCUGGACAUUUUGCACCUCACUCUCUGCACUUUACUUAAACCUUACUUUUAACCACUAUUUAUGUUCAUUUGAACUCAUUCGACUUUCGGCACCGCCGUGAGUGGCAGCCUUUCCAGCAGUCAGCUUGUCAUUGUUUACAUCCCGCCAUGAGCCGACGCAGAAGUAGCGUGUAACGUCACCCACUCCGCUGUUGCUAAAUUACAAACACAGCAUCCUGAGGCACUUAUGUCAAUCUCUGGGGACUUUAAUCAUGUGACUCUAGACACAACACUACCUGUUUUUUUCCCCAGUAUGUGGACUGUAACACCAGGGGAAAUAGGACUACUGACCUACUGUAUGCAAAUCUAAAGGAUGCAUACAGGGCCACCCUGCUGCCUGCACUGGGAAAAGCGGACCACAAUCUUAUUCUGCUUCAGCCUCACUACAAACUGAAGGUGAGGAGGCUACCCACAACCACACACUCAUUCAGGAAGUGGUCUCCUGGGGCAGAGCAUGCUCUGAGAGACUGCUUUGGAACUACGGACUGGGAUGUACUGCAGGCGUCGCGCAGUGGGAACAUGGAGGAGGUUGUUGACUGCACCACUGACUACAUUAACUUCUGUAUGGACGUUGUUGUUCCUGUAAGAACGGCGCCCUGCUAUGCUAACAACAAGCCCUGGAUUACGAGUCACAUUAAAAGCCUUCUGAAUCAGAAGAAGAAGGCCUUUAAAGACGGUGAUCAGCAGGAGCUUAGACGCGUGCAGCGGGAACUCAGAGUCCAGCUCAGGGAGGCGAAGGAGCAAUACAGGAGAAAGUUGGAGCAGAAGUUGCAGAACAACAGCAUGAAGGAGGUGUGGGACGGGUUGAAGAUCAUCACCAGCUGCAGCUCGAGGCAGGGUGCCACCAUCGAGGGGGAUGUGAGCAGAGUGAACCGGUUGAACAACUUCUUCAACAGGUUUGACAACCCCAUCCCACUCUCACCUCUGAUCACCAUGCCCCCCACGCCCUCUUCUGCUCUCUCCCUCCCCCUACGAGCAGACACCUGCACUAAGGAGACUCCCUCCCCACCUGCAAUCACAGCAGCCCAGGUGUGUGGAGAGCUGAGGAGGCUUCACCCCAGCAAAGCAGCAGGUCCAGAUGGAGUAUCCCCUCGACUGCUGAAGGCCUGCACGUCGGAGCUGGGAGACCCUCAUCCUGCAGAGCUGAAUGAUUUCAGGCCGGUCACCCUGACAUGACGUGAUAAAGACCAUGGAGCGGCUGCUGCUACACCACCUGAGGCCACAGGUUUGCCACGCCCUCGACCCGCUGCAGUUCGCGUACCAGGAGAAGGUGGGAGUGGAGGAUGCCAUCGUCUACAUGCUACACUGAUCCCUCUCUCACCGGGACAGAGGCAGCUGUGCUGUGAGAACUACAUUUCUGGACUACUCCAGCACCUUCAAUACCAUCCAGCCUCAGCUCCUCAGGCACAAACUGACUGAUAUGGCAGUAGGCUUACACCUGGUGGCAUGGAUCACAGACUACCUGACAGGCAGACCUCAGUAUGUGCAACUGGGGGACUGCAGGUCUGACACUGUGGUCAGAAGCACAGGAGCGCCGCAGGGGACUGUGCUUUCUCCUGUCCUGUUCACCCUGUACACGUCGGACUUCCAAUACAACUCGGAGUCCUGCCACAUGCAA